AUGCAUGUCUGUCUUGAGAAACUAAGGUGGACCCCUUACUCACCUUCCAGAAAACAGAAUAAGACACCUAGUCCUGAGACAGACCGCUUUGAUCUGGAUUCUGACCAGAACCACACUGAGCAUCUGAUCUGUGUGAAUCUGUUUGAGUGUGCAGUUGUGUUUGGUGAUGAAGUGAAGUCAGUGUCAGUGAUGGAGGGAGAUUCUGUUACUCUAUACACUGACAUUACUGAAAUACAAAGAGAUGAUCAGAUACUGUGGAGGUUUGGACUUCAAAAGGCUCUUAUAGCUCGAAUCAAUGGAGUGGCCAGAGAUAUUUCAAUAAAUGCUGAUGUACUUGAUGGGAGAUUCAGAGAUAAACUGCAGGUGAAUAAUCAGACUGGAGAUCUCACCAUCACAAACAUCACAACUCAACACACUGGACUUUAUCAAAUAAUCAUCAACAGCGCUAAAGAGAUCUCAUACAGAUUCAAUGUUACUGUUUAUGCUCGUCUGCCCAUUCCUGUCAUCACCAAAAUCUCUCCACAAAACUCUUCAUCAUCAUCAGUCUCAAACUGUGUGUUGUUGUGUUCAGUGUUGAAUGUGAGAGAUGUGAGUCUGUCCUGGUACAAAGGAAACAGUUUAUUGUCCAGCAUCAGUGUGUCUGAUCUCAACAUCAGCAGCAUCUCUCUUCAUCUGAAGUGUCUGGAUGAUUCUUACAGCUGUGUGGUGAACAAUACCAUCAGUAAUCAGACUCAACAUCUCAACAGGGAUCUCUGUCAGACGUGUUCAGACUGUUUUUGCUGUUGUUAUGGUCCUGAAGCUAUGAUCCGAUUGGUCGCCUCUGCUCUGGUGGGUGUGGCUACUGUUGCUGUUUUGGUUCAUGACAUUUAUGGCAUCUCCAGCAAAGAUAAAAUGAAGAAGAAAAUCACGGACACCAUCAGACCAUGACUAAUAAAAUGUACUUUCUAGUUCUUCUGAAGUUUAAUACUGUAUAAUUUGAAUUUUUUAGGUUUUAAACUAAAUAUUUGUAUAUUGAGUAUACUUCUAAAAGUUAAAGGUUUAAAAAUUCGGUUGGUAUGUUGAACAUGUUCAUGUUGUGUGUCUCUUUACAAAAAAAAUAAACGGCUAAUUCCACUGCCUUUAA